ACCGAGGCCAGAGGAAGCCCUGCUCUUGCACGCACUCCACCCCAUGAAGCGAGCACCUGCCAUGGUGGAUUUGCCAAUGGUCCUUGUCUGCCUGCUGGCCCUGAGCAGGGGUGAGAGUGAGCUGGACACCAAGAUCCCAUCCGCAGGGGAAGCCUCAGAAUGGGGAGACCCUGACUCGGCCGCGCCGGGCUCCUGCCAGCCAGCCCCCUCCUGCCAGAAGUGCAUCGUCUCCCACCCCAGCUGUGCGUGGUGCAAGCAACUGAACUUCACCGCCUCGGGGGAAGCGGACGCGAGGCGCUGCGCAAGGCGGGAGGAGCUGCUGGCGCGGGGCUGCCCGCCGCACGAGCUGGAGGAGCCCCGCGGCCGGCAGGAGGUGCUGCAGGACCGGCCGCUCAGCCAUGGCGCUCGCGGCGAGGGGGCCACGCAGCUGGCGCCGCAACGGGUGCGGCUCACGCUGCGGCUGGGGGAGCCCCAGAAGCUCCGCGUCCGCUUCCUCCGUGCCGAGGGCUACCCGGUGGACCUGUACUACCUUAUGGACCUGAGCUACUCCAUGAAAGACGACCUGGAGCGCGUGCGCCAGCUCGGCCACCGUCUGCUGGUCCAGCUGCAGGAGGUCACUCAGUCCGUGCGCAUUGGUUUUGGUUCCUUUGUGGACAAGACGGUGCUGCCCUUCGUGAGCACGGUGCCUGCCAAGCUGCGCCACCCCUGCCCCAGCCGGUUCGAGCGCUGCCAGCCGCCUUUCAGCUUUCACCACGUGCUGUCCCUGACCGGGGACGCUCAGGCCUUCGAGCGGGAGGUCGGGCGCCAGAGCGUGUCCGGCAACCUGGACUCGCCCGAAGGCGGCUUCGACGCCAUUCUACAGGCUGCACUCUGCCAGGAGCAGAUUGGCUGGAGAAAUGUGUCCCGGCUGCUGGUGUUCACUUCUGACGACACAUUCCACACGGCCGGGGACGGGAAGCUGGGUGGCAUCUUCAUGCCCAGUGACGGGCACUGCCACUUGGACAGCGAUGGCCUGUACAGGCGCAGCCCGGAGUUUGACUACCCCUCGGUGGGUCAGGUGGCCCAAGCCCUGUCUGCAGCCAACAUCCAGCCUAUUUUUGCCGUCACCAGUGCCACCCUGCCUGUCUACAAGGAGCUGAGUAAGCUGAUCCCCAAGUCAGCGGUGGGGGAGCUGAGUGAGGAUUCCAGCAAUGUGGUGCAGCUCAUCAUGGAUGCUUACAACAGCCUGUCAUCCACUGUGACCCUGGAGCACUCGUCCCUCCCUCCUGGAGUCCACAUCUCUUAUGAAUCCCAGUGUGGGGGUCCUGAGGAGAGGGAGGGCGAGGCUGGGCACCGAGGGCAGUGCAACCACGUCCGAAUCAACCAGAUGGUGAAUUUCUGGGUUACCUUGCAAGCUACUGCCUGCCUCCAGGAGCCCCAUUUGCUGAGGCUCCGGGCCCUGGGCUUCUCGGAGGAGCUGACCGUGGAGCUGCACACGCUGUGUGACUGUAACUGCAGCGACACCCAGCCCCAGGCUCCGCACUGCAGCCACGGCCAGGGGGACCUGCAAUGCGGGGUGUGCCGGUGCGCAGCUGGCCGCCUGGGCCGGCUCUGUGAGUGCUCGGAGGCUGAGCUCUCGUCUCUCGAUCUGGAAGCUGGGUGCCGGGCCCCCAAUGGGACAGGGCCCUUGUGCAGUGGGAAGGGACAGUGCCAGUGCGGGCGCUGCAGCUGCAGUGGACAGAGCUCCGGGCGUCUGUGCGAGUGUGACGAUGCCAGCUGUGAGCGGCACGAGGGCAUCCUCUGUGGAGGUUUUGGCCGCUGCCAGUGUGGCGUGUGUUACUGCCAUGCCAACCGCACGGGCAGAGCGUGUGAGUGCAGCGGGGACACGAACAACUGUGUCGGUCCUGAGGGAGGACUCUGCAGUGGGCACGGUCACUGCAAAUGCAACCGUUGCCAGUGCUUGGACGGCUACUACGGCGCUUUGUGUGACCAAUGCCCAGGCUGCAAGACACGGUGCGAGAGACACAGGGACUGUGCAGAGUGCAGGGCCUUCGGGACUGGUCCCCUGGCCUCCAACUGCAGCAUGGCUUGUGCCCAUGCCAACGUGACACUGGCUUUGGCGCCCAUCUUGGAUGAUGGCUGGUGCAAAGACCGGACCCUGGACAACCAGCUGUUCUUCUUCCUGGUGGAGCACGAGGCUGGGGGUAGCGUCGUGCUUCAAGUGAGCCCCCUAGAGAGGGGCGCAGACCACACAAAGACCAUCGUGCUGGGCUGCGUAGGGGGCAUCGUGGCGGUGGGACUGGUGCUGGUCCUGGCUUAUCGGCUGUCGGUGGAGAUCUAUGAUCGCCGGGAAUUCAAUCGCUUCGAGAAGGAGCGGCAGCAACUCAACUGGAAGCAGGACAACAACCCACUCUACAGAAGUGCCAUCACCACCACCAUCAACCCGCGCUUCCAGGACUCCGAGGGGCCCCUUCUCUGAGGCAGCAGCCAGGCAGGGGCCGACGCCCCAUGAGGGGCUGCCACCUGGAUUCCCUGCCCCGCGCUCUACAGUAGAGCCUCAACUCACGCUACAGCUGUCACCUGCCCUCUGCCCCAGAGGCCAAAGUGGGCCACUCCUCUUGCCACCCGAGGGCAGGCUGGUUCUCGAACUGGACCCUGGGGGGGACACCGGGUACACUGCCUGGCAAACAGCCGAGCGCCAACUCUCAGCCCAGGAGCAGGCUCCAAGCGCUCAGGUGGGGCAGGUCCGUGGAGGCCACAGACCACACUGGGGAGCCGGUGGCUCGCCCGGUUCUGUCCUGCUGCGAAUGCCACCUUGGCCGGCUUUCCCUUCCACACGGUCCUCUGCAGAGUGGGGAAUCUCAUCGGUGGCUUGCAGGGGCUGCUGUUGUGGUGCGGAGAGCUAGCUGUCGCUUGCGUCACUGCUCCACUUCCAAUCCAGCGCCCGCAGCAGCGGAUGGCCCGAGUCCUUGGGCCCCUGCCACCCAUGUGGGCGACCUGGAAGACGCUCCUGGCUUUGGUCUGGCCCAGUCCUGGCUGUUGUGGACAUUUGAGAGUGAAGAUCCCACUCCGUCUCCCUCAUCAC